AUGUUCUUGCAAUCGCCGAAAGAGCCAAGAACGUGUUGGAAUCGACCCAGCACUGGCCGAAAUGGAAAUGCUGCGUCGCGCUUGUUCUAUACCUUUCUUGCACUAUCUCGUUAUCUUGAUCACCAUCGACACCAUACUGUCACAGUACAUGCAUCAUCGCGUCUCUCGUUGACACCUCAGUAUUGUCUCCUAACACUACUGAGCACUCGCUUCUCGCUAGUUCUACUGGCGUGCACCUCCUUUCCUGCUCAGUCCAUUUCAUUCCAUCUCACGUCAACAGUUGUUUCAUACAUUCUAUCACUACUCAACAAGACCGCGAAGAGGUGUCGUCUCUUGACCAAAGAUAAGAUGAAGAAGGUCUUACGAACCGCUAUCACCCACGCUGUCGAUGGCAAGGCCUGGCAAAAGCUUGCCAACCCCACCGCCGGCCGGGGCAAGAUGCUGCAGGCAAACGCUGGGAAAGUGCCCUCGACAAUCAAGCAGUGGAGGGAGGCGAACGGAGGCACUCAUGCCGUCAUGGCUGAUGUGUUUGUGAAGAAGGACGGUACUAAGGAGGAUGUAGAAGAAGGCCUGGAGGCGGCUAUCAACUAUGUUCACGUUUUCCUCUCCCUUAACCCCGGCUUCUACACCAGACUUGCUGUUUUGUCAGACGUCUUCCUUUUGUUACGUUGA